CAACGCACAGCAUUCACACCACAAUGGCUGCAAGCCGGCCAUCUAGGUAUUUAGCACGAGCGUUGCCCCGGGCUUCUGUGCCAUCAGCACGCCUGCAGCCAUCUAGCUGGCGUCGCAAUGCCUCCGGUCAGGCGUCGGGGAAUUCUUCGGAUACCAUCGACGAUAUUGAGCCCGCGACGUCCUUUGCUGCGACGGUGCCGGAAGAGAUUGUGAAAACAUUCGACCCUGUUGCAAAAGCUAAGGCACGAAAGUUCAAGCUUCCAAGAAGUCGUUAUCAAUUUCGCUCCCCCAAAUAUGACCGUGGUCCUCUACAUCCACACAGGCCUCCGCCGCCAUCAGAUCCUUCCUCGCGACUCUUCGUGCCGGGACCCUUCUCUCUGCCCCGAGUGGAGCAGACGUACCAAUCUACCGUAGCUUCAGAUAUCAUGACUCUCUGCUACGUCCACACUCCGCCGGGUUUUGAACCACCAUCAAAAGCACCCCGUCUUCGCUCCUGGGAUGACAGUUCCCCGUACCAUGUCAACAGGCCCCUGCGCGGACCUCGCGGAGGUGACGUUCUAAGAUUACUUCGCAAACCGAUCAACUUCAGAAACAUACCCAAGCUGGAGCGCGUCACUAUUCAUAGCUAUAUCAAGCAAGCCGCUACGGAGAGUUCAGCUUGGCUUCACGUCGCUGGCAUGGCGGUCCAGGCCAUAUCGAAUGUGCGCGUGGAAACAUUCAAGUCUAAGAGCUCCGUCUCUCCCUGGGGUAUCGCGCCUGGUAGAAGCACUGUGGCUGUCAAGGCAGAGCUGCGAGGAGAGGAUAUGUACCACUUUGUGGGGAAAUUGAUCGAUGUCGUCAUGCCAAAAAUCAAAGACUGGAAGGGUGUCAAAGGUACUAGCGGCGAUAGCAGCGGAAAUAUUACCUUUGGUCUGGAACCGGAGAAUGUCGCCUUAUUCCCUGAGAUUGAAGUUAACUAUGACAUGUACCCGGCUAAGAUGAUUCCUGGAUGCCACAUCACCUUGCACACCUCCGCGAGAACCGACAAGGAUGCCCGACUUCUUCUCAGUGCCCUAGGAAUUCCAUUUUAUGGAAAGAUCGUCAAUUAGGCAGUCGCUUAUUACUGAAGAAAGUCCGUUUAGCCUUAUCCCUACAAACCCUAGGAAUGUUUGUACCAAAGAAGCUGCCAGCGCAUUUUUGGGGUUUGCCAAUUUGUACACUGAUUCCCUGCGUUUUUCUAGUAUUUUCCCCUUAAAUUUACCUCAUGUAAAAUAUUUAUAUAGCAGUUGUAUUGUUGGAUUGAUUA